AUGGCGGACAUUGUGCUUGCCGCCUUCUGGGCCUGGUACACAUAUGACGAGGCUCUCACUAAGUACCUUGCCAGCAAGACAAAGCCUAUUCCGCUCCCGGAGAAACCGUCUUACCAGAGCACCGUCGUCAGCAUCAUCGUCGCAACUAUCAACACGCCCGACUCUUUCACCAACAGCCUUCGUCUGUGGCUUGCCAACUGCCCCAAGGAGAUCAUCAUCGUCACUAUCGACCGCGACCUUCAGCGCGUCUGUGACCUGGUCAAGCCCAUCGUCGAUGAGGGCGAGGACCGAAUCAGCGUCAUAACCGCUGAUUAUGCCAGCAAGAGACACCAGAUGGUCGUCGGUGUUCAAGAAGCCCAAGGCAAGAUCCUCGCCCUUGUCGAUGAUGAUGCCUUCUGGAACACUUCCGAGGUCAUCCCGUAUCUCCUUGCCCCCUUUGAGGGUUCCAAGGUUGGAGGAGUGGCUGGCAAGCAGAGUGCCCUCAUUGCCCCGGAGCGCCGCAACUCGGCCGUCAUCACUCCCUGGGAGGUCGCUUCGCUCCGCUCCCUCGACAAUCAGAACAACGUGCAGGCCGUCCGCUCCAACGCCGACGGCGGCUGCUUUUGCAUGGUCGGCCGUACCAUGAUGGUCCGCGCCGAGAUUGUGACGGACCCUCGUUUCAUGUACGCCAUCACCACCGACACCUGGUGCGGCAAACUCCUGAACACGGGCGACGACGUCUUCCUCACCCGCUGGCUCCAGACCGAGGGCUGGGACAUCGCCAUUCAGAACGCCCCCGAGGCCGAGAUCACGACCAUCGUCUUUGACAACGCCAGCUUCCUCCGCCAGCUGGUUCGCUGGCAGCGCAGCGCCAUCCAGUCGUUCCUCACGAUUGUCUUCUUCCAGCCUGGUAUCGGACAGAUCGCCAAGAAGCAUCCCUACAUGACCCGUAAGCUCGUCGAGCGUCUUCUUCGACCUCUCCUGGCCUGGAUCCAUAUCUUCGCCUUCAUCCAGGGCUUGCGCAACAACUCCACUUUCGCGUACUUCGCCGCUUUCUGGUACGUCUGGGGCUGGAUCAGCGCCUACCGCGGUUUCAUCCGCCGCUUCCCCUAUGUCGCGCCUCACAUCUGGGCUUGCUUCCUGCUCGACAAUGCCCACCCCAUUCUGGAGGUCUAUGCCUGGCUGACUAUAACCACCAAGGCCUGGGGCACCCGCAACGAGGAUGCUUGA